AUUCAUUAUUUCAUCAGGAGGUUUUAUUUUCACUGAACUGUCGGUCUAGCUUUGUUUUUUCCUUUUUUUGUUCCUACAGACAUUCAGAUUCAACUCAAUCCUCAAUUUAUGUCUAUUAAAUCUGGUAGAUUACAGACAAUUAGUACAAACUAAUUUUAUUUCAUUUUGAUUCUGAUUUUAUGUUCCAAGUCAACAUUAAGGUUUAUUGAAUCCCUUGUUAUUUGCAGAUUCAUCCCCAAAUCAAUCGUUUGCUUCAAGUCAUGGCUCUCUUUCUUUGCUUUUCUCCAUCUUUUUCUUUAGUUCAACCUGAAAUUUCCACCAUGAUUCAAUUUAAAGUCUACUCUUUGUUCAGUUUUAUUAGUUCUUGAUUCAGUGAAGUUUUUGCCUGGCCUGAUCAUCAAUACUUGAUAUUAUUAUGGAUGAUGUAAACGAAUUGUCAUCAUCAAUGAGUUUUGCUUCAUCUUCUAUUCUUUCUAAUGGGUCUAGCUCUAGCGACACAAGUCCUGAACAUGGCUUAAAUCUUGAAAUUUUGAGCUUGAGCAGGCUCAGUGGCAGUCUUGAAAAGCUAUUGCUUGAUUCUGAUUAUGAUUACACGGAUGCAGAGAUCGUUGUUGAGGGCAUCUCAGUGGGUGUCCAUAGGUGUAUAUUAUCUGCACGGAGCCAGUUCUUUCAUGAGCUUUUUAAGAAGGGAAAUGAUGCUUCUGUCAGUGAAGGUAAACCAAAGUAUCUCAUGUCCGAAUUGGUGCCUCUCGGAAAAGUUGGAUAUGAAGCUUUCAAUGUUUUCUUGAAUUAUUUGUACACCGGAAAGCUUAAACAAUCUCCUCCAGAAGUGUCCACGUGUGUUGAUGAGAGUUGUGCACAUGAUGCAUGCCGCCCUGCUAUUAAUUACGCCCUUGAAUUGAUGUAUGCUUCUGCCACUUUUCAGAUGAAGGAACUGGUUUUGCUUUCUCAACGUCGCCUUCUGAACUUUGUUGAGAAGGCUUUUGUGGAAGAUGUAAUCCCGAUUCUUGUUGCUGCAUUCCAUUGCCAGCUGAAUCCAUUGUGCACUUGCUGCAUCCAGAGAUUAAUAAGGUCAGAUCUGGACAAUGUCUGCCUUGAGAAAGAGCUUCCUGCUGAAGUUUUUCAUGAAAUCAAGUUAAUCCGCUCCAAACCUCAGGGAGACUCAGAACAAGAUGCUAUGGAACUGGACCCUAUGCACAAGAGGAUCAGGAGUAUUCACAAGGCACUGGACUCUGAUGAUGUUGAACUAGUCAAGCUUCUGCUAAAUGAAUCUAAUAUCACUUUAGAUCGGGCUUAUGCUCUGCACUAUGCCACUGCCUACUGUGAUCCUAAGAUUGUUAGGGAGGUGCUCAGUCUAGGCUUGGCUGAUCUUAACCUUAGGAAUUGUAGAGGGCAUACAGUGCUUCAUGUGGCUGCAAGGCGCAAGGAGCCUUCAAUUCUAGCGGCACUUCUAACCAAGGGAGUUUCUGCAUCAGAAACUACAUUGGAUGGGCAAACAGCUGUUGCAAUCUGUCGAAGGUUGACUAGGCCAAAGGAUUAUCACGAAAAUACAGAGCAGGGGCAGGAAUGUAACAAAGAUCGGAUAUGUAUUGUUGUCCUUGAGAGAGAGAUAAGAAGAAAUUCAGUGUCUGGCAAUGUGUCAGUUUCAUCACAGGUGAUGGCUGAUGAUUUGCACAUGAAGCUGGAUUAUCUGGAAAAUCGAGUGGCAUUUGCACGCUUGUUGUUUCCUGCUGAAGCUAGACUAGCCAUGGAGGUAGGGGAUGCACAUUCAACCUCAGUUUACGCAGGCCUUUCAGCAUCAAAAUCAAAAGGAUCAAGUGGGAACUUAAUAGAGGUUAAUUUGAAUGAAACCCCCUCUGUGCAAGCAAGGAGAAUGCAAAAGAGAUUUCUAGCUCUGCUUAAAACAGAUAUGAAAAUCUUACUUCGGCAGAACUUGCUAUGCUUUAUUAAUGUUACACUUCUUUUGGAUGGGUUGGAAAAUGAUGGAGCCCAGGGAAUUUGCUAUUGCAAUGUCUCCAUGGUCAUCAUCAUUUAUGCUCAUGAAUUAAACAAUGUGGAGACUGGCCAAGACUACUUCCCACACUGCUCAGAAGUGCUUGAUAAAUUUCUGGAUGAUGAUUUCAUUAAUAUCCCUGAUGCGUUCUUGCUUGAAAAGGGAACUCCAGAAGAGCAGAAAAUUAAGAAAAUGCGGUACAUGGAACUUAAAGAUGAUGUGCAGAAGGCAUUCUACAAGGACAUGGCUGAAAAGAAUCAGUCAGGUUUGUCCUCAUCGUCGUCCUCAUCCUCCCCUGCAAAGGCAGGUGUUAAGCGCAAGGUUAGGAAGAAGUAAUGUUAUCAUUAAUAUGAAUUUCAUAGGAUGGAACAAGAACAAGAGAGUACUUAGUUUGUUUUGGUUUUCUUAAAUCAUAAAACUAUUUCAGAGCUAGCCUAUGCUUCUCCCUAGAUGUUUAGUAUGUAAAAUAGCAGAAUGCUGCAUAAGUGUCUUAUCUUCAGAGCCUUAUAAUUUGCAUUUUUAUUUAGAUUUUGCGUUUUACAAUCUGGUGCUAUUCCUUCUUUCCCCAGAAAGUUGGCUUCCGCAUGUAUGAACUCUAGUAACAAUUAUGUAGUCUUUACUCAAGAAAUUUUGUACAGGUAACAAUGUAAAUAUUGUUUCUACUAAAAUGGAAAUUUCUUGAAAUGGGAUUGGAUGUA